AAGGGGUUGGACUGACUGAUCUGCUCUCUGUUCCUGCGUGUGUGUUUAUAUUUCGCAACAUAAUCAUCAUGAGCUUCGUUAACAUGGCGACUAUAGGAGACUUCGACCCGCUCAGUUCUACCGUCCCCGCCACCAAAGUUGAAAUCACCAUAUCGUGCAGAAAUCUGCUGGACAGGGACACAUUCUCCAAAUCAGAUCCAAUCUGUGUGCUGUACAUUCAAGGAAUCGGCAACAUGGAGUGGAGAGAGUAUGGAAGAACAGAAGUCAUUGAUAACACACUAAACCCAGACUUUGUGCGCAAAUUCAUUCUGGAUUACUUCUUUGAAGAGAGACAAAAUCUACGGUUUGAUCUGUAUGACGUGGACUCAAAGAGCACCAACCUUUCAAAACAUGAUUUCCUGGGCCAGGCGCAUUGCACCCUGGGGGAGGUUGUUGGAUCUCUGGGGAGUCGGGUAGAGAAACCUCUUGGGGGCAUUCCUGGAAAGAAAUGUGGCACCAUCAUCGUGAAGGUGGAGGAGCUGAACAAUUGCAGAGAAUCUGUGAUGAUGCAAUUUUGUGGCAACAAGCUGGACAAAAAGGACUUUUUUGGCAAGUCUGACCCUUUUCUCGUCUUUUACCGCAGCAAUGAGGACGGAACAUUCACCAUUUGCCAUAAGACAGAGGUGGUGAAGAACACACUGAAUCCUGUAUGGCAGGCCUUUAAGAUCCCGGUCAGAGCCUUAUGCAAUGGAGACUAUGACAGAACAAUCAAGAUUGAAGUGUAUGACUGGGACAGAGAUGGAGGCCAUGAUUUUAUUGGGGAGUUCAGUACGAGCUACAGAGAGUUAUCAAGAGGCCAGUCCCAGUUUAACGUCUAUGAGGUCAUAAACCCGAAGAAAAAAGGCAAGAAGAAAAAAUAUCUCAAUUCUGGGACGGUAACACUGUUAUCGUUUCUAGUGGACACUGAAGUGACCUUUUUGGACUACAUUAAGGGCGGGACUCAGAUUAAUUUCACCGUGGCGAUUGAUUUCACCGCCUCAAACGGUAACCCAGCCCAACCCACGUCUCUGCACUACAUGAGUCCAUACCAGCUGAACACCUACGGCAUGGCCCUCAAAGCUGUGGGUGAGAUCAUUCAGGACUACGACAGUGACAAGAUGUUCCCGGCACUGGGCUUCGGUGCCAAGCUGCCCCCCGAUGGCCGCGUGUCCCAUGAAUUUGCCCUGAACGGUAACCCGCAGAACCCCUACUGUAACGGAAUAGAUGGUGUGAUGGAGGCGUACUACCAGAGUCUUAAAUCUGUACAGCUGUAUGGUCCCACCAACUUCUCCCCUGUCAUCAACCACGUAGCCAGGUAUGCUGCCUCUGUAAAGGACGGCUCACAGUACUUCGUCCUCCUCAUCAUCACAGAUGGAGUGAUCUCCGACAUGGCCCAGACCAAAGAGUCCAUCGUCAAUGCUUCAUGUCUUCCUAUGUCAAUUAUUAUUGUUGGCGUUGGACCAGCGGAGUUUGAUGCAAUGGUCGAGUUAGAUGGAGAUGAAGUGAGGAUCUCAUCCAGAGGCAUUUAUGCAGAGAGAGACAUUGUCCAGUUUGUCCCAUUUCGAGAUUACAUCGACCGGACUGGGAACCACAUACUCAGCAUGGCGCGGUUGGCCAAGGAUGUGCUGGCUGAGAUCCCAGACCAGUUCCUGUCUUACAUGAGGACCAGAGGGAUCAAACCUUCACCUGCACCACCUCCAUAUACACCCCCCGGACAGCCGAUUCAAACGCAGAUCUGAUACUCUCAGCUGUAUCUCUCUCUCUCUCUCUCUCUCUUUAAAUCUCCAGUGAUGUGAAGAGGCUUUUAUUUUGUCUCUCUCUCUCACGUUGCACUAUGGGCAAUGAAGACACGUAGUCAGACGGGGCCAGCGAGGCCCGAUUUACUUCCAAUACGAGCGUUUUAUCUGUCAGGGUUUCUUUCUUUAUCUCUCUCUCUCUCUUUCUCUCUGGCUUAACUUGUAGCCUCAAUGAAAUGAACAGAGCUAGGCGUUUGUUCUCGAAUGAGGAACCAGAUGUGUGUAACCUUUCGGAGAUGCAUUUGAGAAGAACAGCUGCCGAGGUAGAGCAGAUCACGACUGUUGUAAAUAACUGGAUGGAAAUUUUAAUUUCCAUGUAUGUAUAUUUCUCUCUCUCAAGCUUUCUCUCUCUCAAGCUCUCUCUCUCUCUCGAGCUCUCUUUAAGCUCGCUCAGUGUUUACAUGUUGAUGAUUUUCUUACCGUUGGAUACUUUUAUAAGCGUUAACUUAUAUACACUUUAUAUUAUGACUUCUCUGUGCGCCGUCGUUGCCACGCAUGUCAGGUUGCCGAGACGUUUACCGUCACACUAAGCGCAUUGCAUGCCGUGACAUGCCAUUGACUAUUAGCCAGCUCUGAUUCGUGAUGCAUGUUUAAUUUUCUUUGUUUUAAUUCUUCUUUUCUUUAUCUGUUUCUUUUUUACAUCAGCUUGGCACAGUUGGGGUAAAUGUGUGAUUAUAUGUGUGUGUGUGUGUGUGUAUGGGGGGGGGGGUG